AUCUGUUGCAGUUACAGCAAACGGUAAGGUAUGGCGAGAAUUCGCCAGUAGCGCUGCAAACAAACGGACGUCUUAUUCAAGCGCAGCUAAACAAUUGGCGAAUAAACGUCUCACAACUUCUACAGCAGUCGGCAGCACCUGGGACACGACAGCCCUGAACUAGUCUGGUAAUCAGUCGCACCGGUUGCACGGCACGCUCGGACUGCUGUAGCAGUCAGCCGCAGUCAAAGAUUUAAUGUUGCUCGCCAAGUAGGCCACACUGUGGCCCCUCGAAACAUUCUUCCUGAGAAACCUUGAUGUGACGCUAAAGUAAAGUGACGAGUCGGUGACGUUCCGUUGACGGCGUGUGUAAUGCCACUAUUUGAACCACAGAGGAGAAACUUUUCACAUGACGAGGCGUACGAGGAAGUUCCGUCAAAACGACGGGUGCGGCCCUUUUGUGGUGAAAGUGAAUGGAAGAUUUCGUAUGGAGCUCACUGGUCUCUGUUGCUGAUGAUCUCUGCCUGCACGAAUUGUGUACACACUGAAUCAUUGUUACCAAGUGUUAAAUUUAGUUUCUAGAAGUUUAAAGUGGCGGAAUUAAUCUGGAAAUAGAACCGCACACGAAGACAAAUGUGUUGAUAAAGUAUAUUUAUUUUUGUGAUGCAUUUAAAAUUUAAUCGAUGGAAUCUUGAAAAUCCACGUAACGGCGUAGGAAGAUGUGCAAUCUGCAUCUUUUAUAUUUGCCAAACGAAGACUUGCUCUUUUGUUGACGAACAGGUCGAAGCUUGAACUUUGGGCUAAAGAUUGUCUAAUGUCUAUGUGAUAUUGUUUUGGAGUAAAAGAACGUGUAUACGAUAGUGGUUUAAGUUUUUGGCUUAGAUUUUUGUGACGUUACGUGCGGAGUACUGAGUUGUAAUGUUUAUGAUGUCGCUCUCAAGGUUAGGUUUGAGAAUGUCAGCGAAAUACUAUCAUCGUGCGAAAGCACACAACCUUAAAUGUGUAUCAGCUAUUAAAUGUCCGAAAUUAAUUUCAUCGGUGGUACGUCAUAUGAGCGAGGUAUCACGUAAAUGUUGGAAAUGUGGUAGUGAUGAAGCGCAGAUAUUUUGCCACUCGUGUAACACCAUCCAACAACCGGACGAUAAAUCUAAUUAUUUUGAAGUGAUAGGAGUAACACCUAGUUACGAUUUAGACACCGUCGAGUUGACAACAAAGUAUCGACAGUUACAAAACAUCCUGCAUCCAGAUAGAUUUGCCAACAGGACAAAGGAGGAGCGUAUGUUGUCAGAAGACUAUUCUUCAUUGGUGAAUAAAGCAUAUUCAACUCUGCAACAACCUUUGUCUCGCGGCUUGUACAUGCUCCAACUACAGGGGUCAGAAAUCAGUGAAGCAACACAGCAUUCAGAUCCAGAAUUUCUUAUGGAAAUAAUGGAGUUAAAUGAAAGUGUUGAAAUGGCAUCAACUGCAGCUGAGUUGAACGUCAUAGAGGAGCAAAAUAAGGAAACAUUGAAACAACUUUCAAGAGAUUUAUCAAGUUCAUUUGCUGAAGGAGACGUGGAGAAAGCAAAGCGCAUCCUUGUGAGAAUGAAAUAUUAUUCGACAGCAGAAUCUAAAAUAAAGGAAAAAAGGCAAGAAUUCGGUUUUGAAUGACUGAUAUCAGUUAUUUGAAAUCUUGGUAUUAAAACAGUCAGUAAUAAAUAUCAGCACUUCCUGUUGUGAAGUACUCACUUCUACAACAGCAACUAGUACACUUAGACUAGAUCUCCACAAUGAAAGAAAGGAUGAUCUGAUAUUCAUGCAACUAAGAAAAUCUAGAAGUGGCUGAAGGCAUAUUUUGUAUUUCUCAGUUGUGAAUGCUGUUAUUUAAUAGAUGCUGCCAGCAGAUUUGUCCAGAAAAGCAGCACAUAUUAUUAUCUUUCAUUUUCUAGAUUUUUGUAUCUGAGAAAAUAAAAAUAUUUUAUCCUA